UGGAGGGAACCGGGAUCACCCAGGGGCCAGCAUGAGCCGGAGGGAGGGCAGUCUGGAAGACCCCCAGGCUGCCUCCUCAGGCUCACUCCUCCCCCCCUUGGAGGCCAAGAUCCGUCAGACACACAGCCUUGCCCGCCUUCUCACCAAAUACGCGGAGCAGCUGCUCCAGGAAUACGUGCAGCAUCAGGGAGACCCCUUCGGGCUGCCAGGCUUCUCGCCUCCGCGGCUGCCCGUGGCCGGCCUGAGCACCCCAGCACCGAGCCACGAGGGGCUGCCGGUGGCCGAGCGCCUGCGGCUGGACGCGGCGGCGCUCACCGCGCUGCCUCCGCUGUUGGAGCUCGUGCGCCGCCUCCAGGCCGAGCUGAACCCGCGCGCGGCGCGCCUGCUGCGGCGCCUGGAGGACGCGGCGCGCCAGGCCCGGGCCCUGGGCGCCGCCGUGGAGGCCGUGCUGGCAGCGCUGGGGGCCGCGGACUCCGGGCCCCGGCCCGAGCCGCCUGCCGUGGCCGCUGCUGCCGCAGCCGCCGCCGCAGCGGGCGUGUUCCCAGCCAAGGUGCUGGGGCUCCGCGUGUGCGGCCUCUACCGCGAGUGGGUGAGCCGCACUGAGGGCGACUUGGGUCCGCUGCUGCCCGGCGGCCCAGCCUGAGGG